AUGGAAGUCGACUUCGACGAUCUGGUCACCAAGCAGUUCGAUCCAAAUGACCCAAACCAAACACGAACCCAGGCGGAACAUGCAGCCCUACUUACUUCUCUCGACCGGGCCACCCGAUCGAGGCAACUCGCAGUGCCUACGAAUGAGGUCGCGAUUCGAGUCAGACUACGAGAGCUUGGCGAGCCUAUGACACUCUUUGGCGAAAGACCUGAAGACAGAAGAGAUCGACUACGCUACGUGUUGAGUCAAAUCGCUGAAGCAAAGGGCUGGGAACUCGAGAAGGACGCCGGGGCUGGACAAGACGAAGGAGGUGCCGAUGGGAAAGACGACUCCGAUUUGGACGAUGAAGAGGAAUUCUAUACCGAAGGAUCUGAGGCUCUCUUGGUGGCUCGAAGAUCUAUUGCCGAUUUCAGUCUGGCUAAUGCCCGAAAACGAAUUUCGCGUCAAAAGCUUGAAGCUAAACUUCCACUCAGUAAGAUCAUGGCCACUCGAAAAUCGGUUUAUGCCGAACUCAAAACAUAUACCAAUUUAGGAUCCCAGGUUGGCGACGAACGACCGAUUUCAAUCGUUAGGUUCUCGCCCAAUGCUCGUCUUUUAGCCACCGGCUCCUGGACCGGUACAGCCAAGGUUUGGAACGUCCCAAGUUGUACUCCCUAUGCGGAGAGCAAAGAAAGUAAAAACAUUUUCAGAGGUCACUCCGAUCGAAUCGGUGGUCUGGCUUGGCAUCCCGGUGCCACUCUCAGUCAGUCAACAUCUAGUGCAAACUUCAUCACUGGAGGUGCGGAUGCAAAAGUCCAAGUUUGGUCGCUAGACAAUGAACAGCCUCUUCGAACUCUGGAAGGACAUGGUGCACGAGUUUGUCGUGUCGCUUUUCAUCCUGCGGGGCGACAUGUAGCGUCUAGUUCGUUUGAUACCACUUGGCGUCUUUGGGACGUUGAGACGGGUGCCGAACUUCUGGUUCAAGAAGGUCAUUCACGAGAAGUCUACAGUCUGGAAUUCCAGGCCGAUGGCGCAUUGCUGUGUUCCGGUGGCUUGGACGCCAUUGGUCGGGUAUGGGAUCUGCGAAGUGGUAAGACAGUGAUGGUACUUGAUGGACAUGUCAAGGACAUCCUUGCUAUCGACUUUUCUCCAAAUGGUCACCAGAUUGCAACUGGAUCAAAUGAUGACAAUAUCAGGAUAUGGGACAUCCGUACACUCAAAGCAAUCUACACCAUUCCAGCCCACACCUCAGCAGUCUCAGAUGUUAAAUUUUAUCGGGCACCAGCAGUGCCAGGCUUCAAGUUCCCAUAUACGAUUGACGUUGAAGGGAAGACGAAGGACGAGAAACAGAGCGCAGCAGCAUAUCUCAACGGCUCGGACCGAAUCAAACUUGAGGAAGGCGAGCCGGUGGAAAACGAAGUCGAGGUUCCUCUGGGCGGUUUAUACCUGGCCAGUUGUGGUUAUGAUGGUUAUGUGAAAUUGUGGUCUGCUGAUGAUUGGCAAUUAAUCAAGGCCAUGUCGAGUGAAGCUGGGGGGAGAGUAAUGAGUGUAGAUGUUGGCAGUGAUGGAAAAUUUAUGGCUUCUGGAGAAUGGACAAGGACAUUUAAGCUCUGGUCAGCCGAAAACGUUUCGUUGUCGCUGUGA